ACCAACCAUUUUAAAUGCGAAGAACUAGUCAUAUCUAAAAGUGUCCGUGUGGCGACGUAAAAAUUUCAAAUUUCAAACUCCAACUGUUGGUUUCGGUCGUGAAAAGUGUCGUUCAGUUCGUGGCUCCCUAACUGUCGAGGAGGAAGUGCCGAUUUCCAAACUAGAUUCGAAUAUUGGACCACAAACUUCGAGAAAAUGCCCAAAGCAGCCGCUCCCGUUACCGACGAAUUGGACAACCUCAGCAACAAUGAACUUCGCUCAAAAUGCGUCCAGUACGGAUUGCCCAACAUUCCGAUUACGGACACAAGUCGUAAGUUGUUGAUAAAGAGGCUCCGAACCGCGAUAGAAGGCGGUCGUGCCGAUAGUCCCGCCAAAGGAAAGUCUCGCAGGGAGACGAUCCACGUCGUAGCGAAAGUCGUUGAACCGGAACGCGAUGCAUCACCCAAGAAGAACACGCGUGGUACCCGUCGGACAAUCGCUACCCCGAGCGAACCUGAGCCGGAGGAACCCACCGUAGAGGUUACUGUUCGCCAAGUCACCAACCGGCGACGCUCUAGGACAACGCCGGCACCAGCUGAGCCGGCUCCCAUUACCACUGGGAAGCGAAAAGCCGAUGCAAUCAUUGAAGAUGAGGAUGAAGACAGCGACGAUGUGCAAAUUGUGCACGACAUUCGGGAGCAGGUGGCGCGGUCCUCUCGAUCGCCAUCCCUGGCCAAGUCUAAAAUGGUUACAACGUCAUAUCAACACGUGAGAGCGGACGAGCCGAUCGUAGAAGAGCCGGCCUACAAGCCACGGGAAACAAUCAUCCCCGUACAACGGGAAUCGGCGUACGCCGCACCUCGGACCUCGAUCCACACGCAAGAACGCGAAUCGACUACUACUUCAUACUCUUCCCGGCCAAUCGCGCAACUGUCUCGUCCUUCACUCUCUACAACAAACACCAGCUACACGUCCAACUCAACCACCAGACGCUACACUACGAGUGGAUAUAAGCCGCAAACCGAAUACAGUUCUAUCAGCAGCAGCAGCACACAUAACUACAAACCCCAGACGACGUCAUACCGCGACGAGGAAGAAAACAGCGAGGACGACGCGGAGGACGAAGUUGAAGCUCCGUUUCUUAGUGACUUUGCCCGUCGGCUUUCUCGCCUGAAAGCUGAGCCACUCAAUGAGAACUUGAGACCGAUGGAGAAGGAAGGCUCGCAGUAUCGUGAGAGCCAGCGUUUCUACACCACCUCGAUCGCCGGACGUCGCGGCAUCAACAACAAGAACUCCUUAGGUGAAUCCAUCCGACAGCUGUGGUUCGCACUCGACCGCCAGUACGGCCUGCGCAAGUACCUGGCGGUGAUUGCGCUCACCCUGGUCGUCCUUUUCAUCUACAUAAUGCUCGUGCAAAACUAACAGUGACCCGACGUUUACGUUUGGUUUCUCUCCUUUUCAGUCUAGCGCAGACUGCCCACCCACUCCAAAUGCAAACCUGACCUCUGAUAUGCUGUUCGGUGCUUUUCCUACUCGCCACCACCCCAUGUCCAAACUCAGGUUUGAAUCGAUUUUAAGAUACCUAGGAAAUGCCAUUUGUAACAAAACUAUGGAAAUUUUUAUGCUUAACAGGUGCCUUCGAUCAAGAGUCGUCCCCCACAUAUAAUUAGUCUACCUUCCACUAAUAUUCGUUUUAACUGCUUGAUUCUUCCUAAGAUGGUUUUGUUUUAAACUGAGCUUCCUUGCCCAACUUUUCCCUUUUCAUUUCUCAUGAUUAACCAGUUCAGUCUCACUCGUUCGCAUUUUCUUAUGUGUUUGCCUUAUCACGUCUUUAUCUUUUUAUUGCAAUCUAGAGUAAAAAUUGUUUUAGUCAGUUUUCUAGUUCUUUUUUGUAAUCAAGCUUUAUGCAUUUCCAGGGGAAGACUGCGCCUUAGUCGUGUGAUGUACAAUAGAAAAGAUUAGGGCGAGGUCUUUCCCCUGCAUACUUUGAGUACGUAAGUCAAAAAUAUAGUGUUAAGAAUUAAAGUUGUCAUUGUGAACUGUUGUGGCCGCGCAGGACCACAAUACUUGUCUCCCCGGACUGUUUCCACUCUUAAGGUCACUCCGAUAACAAAAUAAAUGCAUGCUGCUCAUUUCAUUUGAGAAAAGUACAAGUUGAGGAGUCUUCCUUUUCCCCACUUUUGUGUUUUGCUUAUGUCAGGCGGGUCCACUUACUCGAAUAUGUUAAGUUGUUAAGAUUUGUAAAAGACUUGUUGAAUGCUUGUAAAUACUCUAAAAGGCGAUUAGAAAUAAAAGGAUAUUUUUACUUAGAACAAGAACAA